AUGACUAACUGGCUUGCUACUACAAUACUAAGCAGCACUACAACUCCUGCUGUUCGUAUAUUUGUCGACCAUUCUCCUUCAAGCACGUUCACUAGCUCGCAAGCUAACAACUUGACUCUAGGCAGGCUUAUUGUCGAUCUUUCUUUUCUUUUUUCCUUUCAUUUUUUCUUCUUUUUUCUUUCUUUGCUUCUUUCCCACCUUCUUACUCUCUUUCUUUUUUCUCUGUUUUCUAUAUUCUUUACUCUUCUUUCUUUCUUUGGUACGUUCGUUUCUUUCUUUCUUUCUUUCUUUCUUCAUUUGUCACCUUCCUUAAUCUUCCUUUUUUCUUUGUUUCGGUCGCUUUUUCUUUCUUUGCCACAUUCCUUACUCCUUUCUUUUUGUUCGCUCGUCCUUUGUUUGUUUCUUUCUGUCUUCAUUUUUUCUUUCUUCCUUUCUUUCUUUCUUUCUUUCUUUCUCUCUUUUCCACAUUUCUUACUCUAUUUUUAUAGCUUGUUUCGUUCGUUCCUUCCUUUUCUUUCUUUCUUUCUUUUCUUUCUUUCUUUCUUUCUUUCGUUCUUUCUUUCGUUCUUUCUUUCUUUCUGUAUCGGAACACCCCCACCUCCUUCCGUCAACGGCUGCCUCAAACCUUUUCUCUUUCUCUUUUCUUCAUCGUCGUUGCUACCCAUUGAGCAACGACCGAACGCUUUCAACACUGCUUUGCACUUGCCUUUCUUUUCUUUUCAGGUUCCCUUUUUUUUUUUCCUUGGUCGGUUUGUUUCUCUUUUUUUUCUCUACCUUGUUUUCUUCCUUUAUAACCCGUUUCAAUUUUUUCUUUCUUUCUUUGUCCUCUUUCUUUCUUUCAUUAUUUCUUUUUCUUUCUUUCUUUGUCCUCUUUCUUUCUUUCAUUAUUUCUUUUUUUUUUUUCUUUCUUUGUCCUUUUCUUUCUUUCAUUAUUUCUUUUUCUUUCUUUUCUUUGUCCUCUUUCUUUCUUUCAUUAUUUCUUUUUUCUUUCUUUCUUUUUUUUUUUUUUUCUUUCUUUUUCUUUUUUCUUUCUUUCUUUCUUUCUUUCUUUUUCUUUUCUUUCUUUGUCCUUUUUCUUUCUUUCUUUCUUUCAUUAUUUCUUUUUCUUUUUUUUUCUUUUUCUUUUUUCUUUCUUUCUUUAUUUCUUUGUUUUUUUUUUUUUCUUUCUUUUUCUUUUCUUUCUUUCUUUUAUUAUUUCUUUUUCAUUCUUUCUUUGUCCUCUUUCUUUCUUUCAUUAUUUCUUUUUCUUUCUUUCUUUGUCCUCUUUCUUUCUUUCAUUAUUUCUUUUUUCUUUCUUUCUUUGUCCUCUUUCUUUCUUUCAUUUUUUCUUUCUUUCUUUGUCCUCUUUCUUUCUUUCAUUAUUUCUUUUUUCUUUCUUUCUUUGUCCUCUUUCUUUCUUUCAUUAUUUCUUUUUUCUUUCUUUCUUUGUCCUCUUUCUUUCUUUCAUUAUUUCUUUUUUUCUUUCUUUCUUUGUCCUCUUUCUUUCUUUCAUUAUUUCUUUUUUUUUUCUUUCUUUGUCCUCUUUCUUUCUUUCAUUAUUUAUUUUUCUUUCUUUCUUUGUCCUCUUUCUUUCUUUCAUUAUUUUUUUUUUCUUUCUUUCUUUGUCCUCUUUCUUUCUUUCUUUAUUUUCUUUUUUCUUUCUUUCUUUGUCCUUUUCUUUCUUUCAUUAUUUCUUUUUCUGUUUUUCUUUUUGUCCUUUCUUUCUUUCUUUUUCUUUUUUUUCUUUCUUUUCUUUUUUCUUUCUUUUUUUUCUUUUUCUUUCUUUUUUUCUUUCAUUAUUUUUUUUUUCUUUUUUUAUUUCUUUCUUUUUUCAUUAUUUCUUUUUCUUUUUUCUUUGUCCUCUUUCUUUCUUUUUUUUAUUUUUUUUUCUUUCUUUCUUUGUCCUCUUUCUUUCUUUCAUUAUUUUUUUUUCUUUCUUUCUUUCUUUUUUUUUCUUUCUUUCUUUUUUUUUCUUUCUUUUUUUUGAAUUUUUUUUUUUCAUUAUUUCUUUUUCUUUUUUUUUGUCCUUUUUCUUUCUUUCAUUAUUUUUUUUUUCUUUCUUUCUUUGUCCUUUUCUUUCUUUCAUUAUUUUUUUUUUUUUCUUUCUUUGUCCUUUUUCUUUCUUUCUUUUAUUUCUUUUUUUCUUUCUUUCUUUGUCCUCUUUCUUUCUUUUUUCAUUAUUUUUUUUUUCUUUCUUUCUUUGUCCUCUUUCUUUCUUUCUUUUCUUUCUUUUUUCUUUCUUUCUUUUGUCCUUUUCUUUUCUUUCAUUAUUUUUUUUUUUCUUUUUUUUUUUCUUUUGUCCUCUUUCUUUCUUUCAUUAUUUUUUUUUUUUUUCUUUCUUUGUCCUCUUUCUUUCUUUCAUUAUUUCUUUUUUCUUUCUUUCUUUGUCCUCUUUUUCUUUCAUUAUUUUUUUUUCUUUCUUUCUUUGUCCUCUUUCUUUCUUUCUUUUUUUUUUUUUUCUUUUCUUUUUCUUUCUUUUUUCUUUAUUUUUUUUUUUCUUUCUUUCAUUAUUUUUUUUCUU